CAGGAGGGAGUCUACAUCAGUCUGCCAGGAGAGCAGCUCAAUGGGAAGGAGGUAAUUAAUGCCAUCAGGUUUCCAGUUGCUCCUCCUGACCAGGAGGAAGCAGAACCUCAGUGGUGUGAAGAGGAACAGAUGGAACCAGAUCCUCCUGUGAUUGAAGAACAGAUGGAACCAGAUCCUCCCCUGAUUAAAGAAGAACAUGUGGAGCCUGAGUCUUUAUGUAUUAAAGAGGAACAAAUGGAACCAGAACCACAGAUUGGAGAGCAAGAGAACCCAGAAAGUCCACGGAUUAAGGAAGAAAAGGAAAUACAUGAUUCUUCAAGGCUCAAACAUGAACAGCAGGAUCCAAAAGAUUUAGCAACUAGACAGGAGCAGGAGGACUACUGGAGCAGUCAGGAAGGAGAGCAGCUUGUCCAGAAGCAGUUUACUGGAUGGAUUACAGAGGAAAAGGAGGAACUAGAACCUCCACUGAUUAAAGAAGAACACGUGGAUCCUGAGUCUUUAUGGGUUAAAGAGGAACAAAUGGAACAAGAACCACAGACUGUAGAGCAAAAGAGCCCAGAACUUCCACUAAUUGAGAAAGAAAUGGAUUCUUCAAGGCUUAAAUGUAAAAAUCAGGAUCUUGAACAUUUACAAACUAGAAUGGAUCAGGAGGAUGUCUGCAGCAGUAGGGAGGGAGAGCAGCUUGUCCAGAAGCAGUCUGUUGCUCUAAUGGAGACCUUUAUCCUUCAGGAACAUGAAGGAGAACCAAUAACUGAGCAGCUUUCCUUUCAUAUCUCUCCUGUAGUUCAGACCAAAGACCAGGAAGGAAGCAGCUCCACUGGGCCAGAAAGUCAAUCUUUCACUAACACUAAGAAAAUGUCUUUAAAAUGUGAUGUUUGUGGGAAGUCUUGGAAGAUAAAGAGUCAAUUGAAAAGGCAUUACAAAACCCACACAGGGGAGAGGCCUUUUUCCUGUCAGACAUGUGGAAAAUGUUUCACUCAGCUGAGUCAUUUAAAUAAACACAUGAAAAUCCACACAGGUGAGAGGCCUUUUUCUUGUCAGACAUGUGGAAAAAGUUUCACUCACCUGAGUAGUUUAAAUAAUCACAUGAAAAUCCACACAGGUGAGAGGCCUUUUUCUUGUCAGACAUGUGGAAAAAGUUUCACUCACCUGAGUAGUUUAAAUAAUCACAUGAAAAUCCACACAGGUGAGAGGCCUUUUUCUUGUCAGACAUGUGGAAAAAGUUUCUCUCGACAGGAUUCUUUAAAUGUUCACAAGAAAACGCACACAGGUGAAAGGCCUUUUUCUUGUCAGACAUGUGGAAAAAGUUUCACUCACCUGAGUAGUUUAAAUAAUCACAUGAAAAUCCACACAGGUGAGAGGCCUUUUUCUUGUCAGACAUGUGGAAAAAGUUUCUCUCACUUAAGUUCUUUAAAAGCUCACAUGAGAAUCCACACAGGUGAGAGGCCUUUUUCUUGUCAGACAUGUGGAAAGAGUUUCUCUCGACUGGUUUCUUUAAAUGUUCACAAGAUAAUGCACACGGGUGAGAGGCUUUUUUCUUGUCAGGCAUGUGGAAAAAGUUUCACUUUACUGAGUAGUUUAAAUGAUCACAAGAGAAUCCACACAGGUGAGAAGCCUUUUUCUUGUCAGACAUGUGGAAAAAGUUUCACUCUACUGAGAAGUUUAAAUGAUCACAUGAGAAUCCACACAGGUGAGAAGCCUUUUUCUUGUCAGACAUGUGGAAAAAGUUUCUCUCACUUAAAAUCUUUAAAAGAUCACAUGAGAAUCCACACAGGUGAGAAGCCUUUUUCUUGUCAGACAUGUGGAAAAAGUUUCUCUCACUUAAAAUCUUUAAAAGCUCACAUGAAAAUCCACACAGGUGAGAGUCUU